GCUCACUUUGCUCAUUUUGACAAGAUUCAAGUUACUAAAUUUUCGCCCACCGUCAACCAGCAAACACGCACGACAUACACCACCUAGUUUUGUGUUUCUUCAUCGGUGCACUUCAGUCUCAGUUCUCCGCGCAGCCAUGUUCCGCAUCGCACGUGUCCCGUCGGCGUUUACUCGGGCGGCGAUCGAAGCAGGCGCGAGAUCAAGCGCACAUGUGAAUAGCGCCGCAAUCCGCUCCGUGACUGCCUCGCGGAACACCAUCGUGCCAGCCGCUGUGCGUGCAAUCCACGCUCCAGCAAGUGGUACGUCGUCAAAGGAGCAGCGCGAUGGUGGCGGCGGCGAGAGCCGUCAACAGUCAACCCACAAGCCAACUUCCGCCGGAACCAAGCUCGCGCUAGGUCUGGCUGCAACCUGCAUUGCAGGAUACACGAUUGCCAGCUCCAUCGAGCCAAAGCACCAACAGCAGGCAGUCCGUCAAACUGUCGGAGCCAUUCAGGGCUUGGGUCGCAUUAUGCGAUCGCUCUACGCCGGAGUCGUCAUUUCGCUCGAUUACAAGGUUGUCAUGAUUCUGCACGGCCCAGAUGGACCAAAGUUUGAUGCUGAAAUGAAGCUUUGCCAUGAGCGCGCUGCCACACGUGCAUUGAAUCUGGCACUCGCUAACGGUGGCUUGUACAUCAAGAUGGGCCAAGGCAUUGCGUCGUUCAACCACCUGCUUCCGGAAGAGUACAUUCGCAUUCUCUCCAAGCUCCAAAACAACGUGCCCGGUCGCCAUUAUGGCGAGAUUGAGACCAUCUUCCUCGAGGACUUUGGCAAGCUACCCAACGAGGUCUUUGCAAAGUUUGAGACCGCCUCCUUUGCAGCUGCCAGUCUCGCCCAAGUGCACCGCGCCGAAACACACGACGGGCAAAAAGUGGCAGUCAAGGUGCAGUAUUUUGACCUACGAGACCGAUUUAACGGUGACAUGGCCACCAUGGAAUUUCUCAUGAACGUGGUCGGCUUUGUUCAUCCCGGAUUCGCAUAUGGCUGGGUGUUCCGCGACGUUCGCGCCGCGUUGGAACGCGAGCUGGACUUUGAGCGCGAAGCCCACAACGCGGAGAUUUGUCGCACGCAUAUGCGGAGCAUUGGCUCGUCCAAGUCGUACAAGAUCACAGUGCCGGAAGUCCUGUGGCCACUUACUUCCAAGCGCGUGCUGACGAUGGAAUUUAUUGACGGAGUCAAGUGCAACGAUCUGGCCGGCUUGGAGCGGCUCGGGAUUCCGAAGAGCACAGUGGCCCGUCUGAUUGUCCAGGCGUUUGCCGAGCAGAUUUUCAUUACAGGUGUUGUUCAUGGCGAUCCCCAUCCUGGCAACAUUCUCGUCCGGCGCGACAAGGCGACAAACAACCCGGAGGUCAUCUUGCUCGACCAUGGCCUGUAUGCGACCGUGCCAGACCACCACCGACUUGCAUUUUGCCGCCUGAUUCGUGAUAUUGUUUUGAAGGACGACGAUGCCCUGACCAAGGACACGCGUGACCUCGGCGUGGCUCAAGACCCAUUCGUGUUUGCGUCCAUGCUGAUGCAGCGCCCCUACAAGGCAGCCCCGAUCGGCUUCAACACGCUCAUGACUGCUGACGACUUUCUUCUCAUGCAGAAAAUGGCUGUUGAACAAGGAGAACAGAUCACCAACAUGAUUCGCGAAAUGCCCCGCUCUCUCUUGUUUGUCCUGCGCAAUCUCAAUUUGGUGCGAUCGAUCAACAAGGACCUUGGUGCCCCCAUCAAUCGGUUUGCCUUGCUUGCUCACACAGCCUUGCGCGGGAUAGCCGUCGACGUCUCCCCGCUGGCCGACCACUACGAUCUUGAAGCGUCCUUUGCAGCAAACCGGCAUCUCUACCGACCAACGGCGGUGGGCAGCUCAUUGCAACAACAACUCUUCCAUGCUGGUACCACCAGUAGCUCACCGCAACCCGCUGUCAGGCAAACGGCUGCCUCGAGCCCUCGCAGCCUCCGCAUCUCCUUGCAUUCGUGGAUGGGACGGCUAAAGUUUGAAUUCCGACUCCAGCAAGCGUCCUUCUCGCAGUGGAUGACCUCCAUGUAUUUCCGAGUCAUGGUGCUGCUCGGCCGAGCUCCCGCCGAACUUGGUGCUUUGUCCGAGUUGAUGGUGGCUGCAUAAGCGGUGCAAACGAUUGGGUCGCUUUGAUCCUGUACGUCUCUCUCUCUCUCUCUCUCUCUCUCUCUCUCUCUCUCUCUCUCUCUCUCUCUCUCUCUCUCUCUCUCUCUCUCUC